UAUCCUCAACUCAAUCUAGCCUGCUCCCACUGCCACAAUCAACUUCGAAGUGUUCCUAUUGAUCAUCUCUCUGAACGAUCAAAAAGCUAUGGAGAAAAAUGAAAAGGAUGCCGUUGUCCCUCAAGUUAGCUUUGGUGGAUUUGACAGAAAUGUCACAGCACGAGACCUCACAAAUUUCAUAGAAAAUGAAAUUGGAAUGGUAUGGAGGUGUAGGCUGAAGACAUCUUGGACACCUCCGGGGUCCAACCCAGACUUCAACAUCACAAACAUGAAGGCGAUUAAAAAAAAAGAUGACUACGAGAAGGUGGUACCUCAUGCCUUCGUGCAUUUUGUAUCUCAUGAAUCAAGAAUGGCAGCACACAAUGCUGCUCGGCGUUCUGAGCUUUCUCUGAAUCAUCACCCUCUGAAGGUGAGUUUAGGACCCGAGAGCCCAUUUCACAUUAAUCAGAGGAGGAGGAAUAUACGCCCAUUCAAGAUUCCUGCUUAUGUUGAAAUUGGAUCUCUCAUUAGCCCAACUGAAUUCCUAGUUGGCUGGAAAGGACCCACUUCUGGAGUUGACUUCCUCGUUGAUCCUUUUGAUGGCACCUGCAAAAUACAAUUUUCAAAGGAUACCCCAUUCGCAUUUAAAGGCACAAGGAGCCAUGCAGUGAUUAAAUGUGACUUCAAUGUGCAGUUUUUGGUGAGAAACAUCAGUUACUGCAGACAAUAUACAGACAUGCAUUCAAAAAUAAUUAUGCUGCAGCUUGAUUCAUCUCCUCAUAUCUACUAUAGAACUGCUGAUGAUGACAUCUAUGACACAGUUUCAAUUGAUAUGUUGGACGAUGAGGAUCCUUGGAUCAGGACUACAGAUUUUACACCUAGCAGAGUAAUCGGCAGGUGCAGUUUUUACAGGAUCUCAGUCCCAGCCCGUUUUGGAUUGAGAUUGGAGAAGGCCAUGCAAUAUCUAAGACAACAGAGGGUACCGGAACAUCCUAGACAGCGGCUAAGGAUCCGGGAUGAACCCGAUUUCGAGAUGCACAUAUCAAAUCACUUCUUCUGUGUUCAGGACAAGGAAGGGAUAAGCUUUGAGAUAAUGUUUUUGGUAAAUGCUGUUAUUCAUAGAGGUAUCAUCAACCAACACCUGUUGUCGGAUGAGUUCUUCGAAUUACUAAGAAUUCAGUCAAGGGAGGUGAAUGUUACAGCAUUAAUGCAGAUAUACUCUUAUAGGGAUCCAGUGUUCAACCCAUGCAAGAGGCUGAAAAAUGUCCAAGAGUGUUUGAAGAAGAACCCUGAACUUCUCAUGAGUUCUCAGAGAUCCGAUGGUAAUGUUGAGGUCAGGAGGUUAGUUAUAACUCCAACCAAAGCUUACUGUCUUCCACCUGAGGUGGAACGUUCUAACCGGGUUCUCAGGAAAUACAAAGAAAAAGCUGAUAGGUUCUUAAGGGUAACCUUCAUGGAUGAAGGAUUUCAGCAGCUGAAUUCUAGUGUUCUAUCCAAUUUCGUUGCUCCUAUUGUGAGGGACAUCACAUCGAAGUCCUACAAGCAGAAGACAACAGUUCAUCAAAGGAUAAGGACCAUUAUGAAUAAAGGGUUUGAUUUGUGUGGUCGGAAGUAUUCCUUUCUGGCCUAUUCACCUAAUCAAUUGAGAGACUGUUCUGCAUGGUUUUUUGCUGAAGAUGAAGAUGUGAGGGUGAUAGAUAUCAAAAAAUGGAUGGGAAAGUUCACUGAUAGGAAUGUAGCAAAGUGUGCAGCUAGAAUGGGCCAGUGUUUCUCGUCCACCUAUGCCACUGUUGAUGUUCCACUAGAGAAGGUCAACAUGAACCUGCCAGAUAUCAGGAGGAAUGGAUAUGUUUUUUCUGAUGGCAUUGGCAUAAUAAGUCCUCAACUAGCAGCGGAAGUUGCAGAGAAAUUGAACCUUACAGCUAAUUCUCCUUCUGCCUAUCAGAUCAGGUAUGCUGGUUGCAAGGGAGUAAUCACCUGUUGGCCGAGAAAAGAUGAUGGGAUCCUCCUCUCUCUAAGGAGAAGCAUGAACAAAUUUGAGUCUACGCACUCAAUCCUGGAGGUCAUAUCAUGGACCCGGUACCAACCAGGGUUCCUAAACAGGCAGAUAAUAACUCUGCUUUCUGCCUUGGGUGUCCCAGAUUGCAUGUUCUCAAGAAUGCAAGAUAGUAUGGUUUCUAAACUGAACCAGAUGCUGGACAACAACGAUGUAGCUUUUGAUGUCCUUACCUUAUCAUGUGGUGAGCAGGGAAAUACCGCAGCAAUUCUGUUGAGUGCUGGUUUCAAGCCUCAGACAGAACCUCAUCUUAGAGGGAUGUUAUCUUGCGUAAGAGCCGCCCAGAUGGGAGAUCUUCGGGAGAGGGCUAGGAUCUUUGUUCCUAAAGGACGAUGGAUGAUGGGGUGUUUCGAUGAAUUAGGGGUACUUGAGCAAGGACAAUGUUUUAUCCAAGUCUCAACACCUUCACCCCAAAAUUGUUUUUCAAAACAUGGAUCCAAGUUUUCUCAGAUGAAGAAUCUAGAAGUAAUCACUGGCAUUGUAGCCAUAGCUAAAAAUCCUUGUCUUCAUCCAGGAGAUAUUCGGAUUCUGGAAGCGGUAGAUGUGCCUGCUUUGCACCAUCUUGUUGAUUGCUUGGUUUUCCCUCAAAAGGGUGAAAGGCCACACACAAAUGAAGCAUCUGGCAGUGACCUGGAUGGAGAUCAAUACUUUGUGACUUGGGAUGAGACUCUCAUACCUCCAAGCAAGGUGAGCUGGCAGCCAAUGGAGUAUGACUGUGUGAAAGCCAAAGAGUUGCAACGCCCCGUUAAUCACCAGGACAUAAUUAGCUUUUUCAUGGAGUCCAUGGUGACUGCACAACUAGGUAAGAUCUGCAAUGCUCAUGUGGUUCAUGCAGACCUGAGUAAAGAUGGAGCAAUGGAUGAGAAAUGCGUCAAACUAGCAGAACUUGCAGCCACAGCUGUAGAUUUCCCCAAGACUGGAAAGCUUGUUAGCAUGCCCCGCUCACUAAAACCGAAAAUUUAUCCAGACUUCAUGGGCAAGGAUGGAAACAUGUCAUACAAGUCGGAAAAGAUCUUGGGAAGACUAUAUCGGCAAAUCAUAGAUGCUUCCGAUGAAGAAAUGGAAGCAAAUUCAGAGCUGACACAUGAAGACAUUCCUUUUGACCCAGAUCUUGAGAUUCCAGGUUUUGCAGGUUUUGUCAGGGAUGCCUGGAAUCAAAAGUGCAGAUAUGAUGGGCACGUGAGUGCCCUUCUGGCCCAGUACAGAGUUAACCGGGAGGAAGAGGUGGAGACAGGACAUAUAUGGUCCAUGCCCAAGAGCAAGAAUCAACGGGAACAGAAAGAGAGGCUCAAUGGUGCCUACAAUGCACUGAGGAAAGAGUUCAGAUGUAUAUUUGAGAACUUGGACGAGGAUUUCCAGAACCUCACUGAUGAUGAGAAGAAUGCAAUGUACGAACAGAAGGCAUCAGCAUGGUACCGGGUGACUAACCACCCUGAGUGGGUGAUGAAAGCCCAGGAAUUGAAGGACCCUGAAGUCAACGGCAACACACCAGCAAUGCUUAGCUUUGCUUGGAUUGCUUAUGAUUACUUGGCCCGAAUUAAGAUUAAAAGUCGAAAGGACAACAUAGAUGCUGAUACCAGUAAGAAGCCCAUCAAUGCGCUUCUGAGCUACAUUGCUGAUCGAAUUUGACUAGGAAGAGUGAGGCUCUUAUCAUGAGGUAUGUUUUCAGAUUCCAGGUAACUCUGGUUUAUUGGCCUCCACUUUGGCUCCAAGGCCACUCUGCCAAUGUCUUUUGUUUUCUAGUAUUCCACUGUGUGAUUUUUGCUUUCAGAUUUGAAGUUCUUAGUCUGUUGUAUCAACCAUCUUAGUCUGUUGUAUGGACCUUCUUACCUGAGAUACCUUCAUGUCUAAAUCUAUUACAGUGUGAUGUACUUGUCUGAACUACUUUUACAUUUAAAAGGGUGUUGGUUUUCUC